AAAACAAGAUGAGAAUAUAGUAAUCUGUCCUCGGAUAACGCAUGUGUCUUGGUAAUGCCGUAAAGCACGUGUUUCGUUGCAACACAACCAGCGCAGCGAACAAAAGCAAAGUUAUCUGACAGUGUCGUCUGAUACUGAUUGGCACCAUGCUUCCAGGCUACAGUCCUGUGACCCAGGCCCUGCUGGGAACUCUGUUCACCUGGGGCCUGACUGCUGCUGGGGCUGCCCUGGUCUUCAUCUUCUCCAGCCGACAGAAGCGGAUAUUGGAUGGAAGUCUGGGCUUUGCUGCUGGGGUGAUGUUGGCGGCGUCCUAUUGGUCGUUGCUGGCUCCGGCCAUAGACAUGGCGGAGGAUUCGGGGAAGUACGGCUCGUUUGCUUUUGUCCCCGUGGCGGUGGGCUUCGCCCUGGGAGCGGCCUUCGUGUACCUGGCUGACCUCAUGAUGCCUGCUCUGGGUGUAGGAGUGGACCCCCACACAGCCCUGGCCCUGUCCCCAGACUCCAAACUGGCCAAGGAGGAGGACCUCUUGUUCCCAGCCUCAGAUGAGAUGACCAUCAGGAUAGGUAGAGCAGGACCGCUCUCAGACAAGAUUGAGAACGGAGGAGACGUGUACCAGAGGCGGAAAGGCCCCCACGUCGACGCUGGUUCCUCAGAUUCCGAGGGACAGGAAGUGGGCAGCCGGCAACAGGAAGGGGCAGGGCAAACUGGAAGCAGAUGGAGGCGCAUCAUCCUCCUGAUCGUGGCGAUCACCAUCCACAACAUCCCAGAGGGCCUGGCUGUGGGUGUAGGAUUUGGAGCCAUAGGAAAGACCUCAUCUGCCACAUUUGAGAGUGCCAGGAACUUGGCCAUUGGCAUAGGGAUCCAGAAUUUCCCAGAGGGCCUUGCGGUGAGCCUCCCUCUGCGAGGUGCAGGGAUGUCCACAUGGAAAGCCUUCUGGUACGGACAGCUCAGUGGAAUGGUAGAACCAAUCGCCGGGUUGCUAGGAGCUGUUGCCGUGGUGCUGGCUGAACCACUGUUGCCGUACGCCCUGGCCUUCGCUGCAGGGGCUAUGGUGUAUGUGGUGGUUGAUGACAUCAUCCCAGAGGCUCAACUCAGUGGGAACGGUAAGUUGGCUUCCUGGACCUCCAUCCUGGGCUUUGUAGUGAUGAUGUCACUUGACGUUGGGCUGGGCUGAGGCCUCACCUCCACGCAGAACACCUCGCUGAUGUCACAGAAUGAUGUCACGGCUAAUCGCCAGACCUUGGGGAAAAAGGGACCAAAUCUGCCUUCUCUCUAAUUGCUUGCUUUUGUUGUAUUUAUUUUUAUUUUAUUUUUUAAUUUUGACAUUUUGUGAAUUUGGUUGUUGUUUUUUGGGAUACUGGAUCCUUAUUAUAAAAUGUGAUGAUACUUGAAAAGUGGUGUUUGUAUGACUAGUUUAGACUGGUACUGAGACAGCCAUGUAUGAAAAAUUGAUAGUUGAUUUUGAAUAGAUUUUUAUGGAGUGUGUGUGUGUAAUUGGGUUUACACCUCUAAGGGCUAAGUCCAUUUUGGCUCCAACUGUGUCAGCCCACUCCACAGUUGGACCUCAAGACUGUGUUUUGAAGGCUAGUUAUGGUCACUGAAUGAAACACAGGGAUCUUUGUCUACAGAUAUGUCACAUAUUACGAGGUGAAUGUGUCGGCUUGCCUGAUCCUUGAGAAGGAUCUUUGCUCGGAUUAUGAUGUAAUGUAUUUACAAAUGGUGCACACCCUGAUUCAUUCAGGAUGGAAUGUUUUUUUUCUUCCUCAAUUAUCAAACAUUUAAAUGACCAAGUGGUUCCGUCUGUUUUUUCCUUGCUCUUUUGCUUUAUUUAGCUUUUUCUCGCAUACAUUCUCUAUCAUCCUCAGGCUGGCCAUUGUGUGUGUUUGGAUGAAGAGAAUGUGGUGUGGAUGAAGAGAAUGUGAAUAGCAAAAUUUUACAGCUAGCUUCUCCUUUCUUAUCUUUUUCUCAACUACAGCACACACAUUCCAUUCGUAUUGCAUUGUUAUUACAUUAUUAUAAUAUGACAUUCAGUUAUCAUUACAGGUGAAAUGACAUAUAAUUACUAAUUUGUGAAAAGAGAGAUAUUGCAGCUAGCCAAAUGCAAUGCUAGCUACACAACCCAGAUGCAACCUCCUUUUUGCUUGUUCAUUUUUACGUUCAUGAACUGUACUGUACUGCUGGAGUUUGGUGGGGGCUUCUAAACCCUCUGGCCUUAUUGUACUGUAGACCCUCUGGCCUUACAGCUAUGUAUGGGACAACGUCUCAGAGUAGGUGUGCUGAUCUAGGAUGUGAUUUUAAAAAGUAAAAAUGAUCUCAGCACUCUUACUCGGACACGCUUGAUUGAAAUGAACCCUGAGGGGUAUACUACAAAGCAGGAUCAAUGAGUUAGCCAGUAAACUUGCAUAAAUUAUUAUUUUUUAAAUGUGUUUGAUUAGCCUGAAACGGGCAUGGUCUGAUUUAACUCAACAACCAAAAACACAUAUCUUAGCUUAGAUUACUUAAUGAAACAGAAAAUCAAUAGUUAUUUUGGGUUGUUUAUCCAAGUUAGCUGGCUAACUCAUUGAUCCUGCGUCGCGGUAUACCCCUCAGGUCUCCCUGCCUAAUUCUAUUCUUGGAGGGGCCUGGAUAGAACCAUUCCCAAGGAAAAGUGUCAUGGAGAGAGAUGUGGUGAUGAUGUAAUAAACCAAAACUGAUUCCACUA